AGACAAGAUGGCAGCGGCUGCAGAUGAUGAGAAAGUCAUUAGAACUCGAUUACUUGUGGAUGGCGAUGGCAGUGGUGAUGACCGACGCCUAACGACGCUUUUACGGAAUUUCAUCAAAUGGUGUAACUCUGACGCACCCGAAGAAGAAAGGCAUGCUCAGUAUCAACGACUUCUGGUGACGUUAAGUCAGUGUGAAUUUGCUAUGGGUAAAACAGAAAUGGUCUGUGAAAUGAAUCAGAGAGAGACACAUCGAUAUGAACAAAUGCACAGUGACAUAGAGAGAAGUAUUCAAGAAGCACAGAUUAAGAUCAAGGCUUCUCAGAAAGAGUUGAGAGAUGCGAAGAACAUUAGGAAACAUCGGCAAGAAUAUGAUGCAUUGGCCUCAAUAAUCCAGCAGCAUCCAGACAGACAAGAAUCAGCAAAACAAAUGGUUGCCUUGGAAACAGAACUAUCUGAACUGAAAGAACAACAAGAAAUGUUACAAACGAAGCUGGAAACACGACGUAAGCAGUUCCAUGUGCUUGUUCAUUCGAUACACGAGCUACAGAAACUUCUGGAAGAUGAAGAAACGGAGACGCCAAUGGAACGAAAAGUGUCGCUGCCAAUGGAACAAGACACGACUUGACUACUAGACAUCAUAGACCGCGAGCUAAAUAGCGAUUGCGCGUCGACGACGACAACGAGAACUCUGUGAAUUUACCAAUCACUUAUACAAAACAAACAUGCGUGUAAUACAUACGAGUAUAACGUGCUUUGCCAUCUCAGAAAAAAACCACAGCAGUAUUCAUCGAUCGACUCAACAACAAAUAAGAUUGACAGUCAACGUGCACGUAUAUCACCAAACCAAGCAAAAAGCAAGGCACAACCAAACAAGCAGACCGUAAAAC